CAGUACAUUACAAAUCUCCAUCCAUCUAUAUAUCCAGCUGCUGCCGUUUCUAGUGAUCAUAAACAUCCAAACCCCCACGAUGCAGACUUCCAAUGCUUCAUCCAUAUCAAUUUUAAAGUGUCUAUGUGUGUUGCACUGUCUCAGUAUCAUUAAAGUAGUUUCCUCCAUCGACACUCUGAAACAAGGAGACAAUCUGACCUCGUCGUCUCAACUCGAUUCUCCCAACGGCCGCUUCACCUUACGCUUCUACACCCCCGAAGCCGACCCACUCUCAAACAACACGUACAUCGCAAUUGUGUUCAAUCGAGGUGAAACCUCUCCGGUCAAUCACAAAGCAGUCUGGAUUGCCAACCGAGACGACCCUGUCUCAAAUGAAUCCUCUCCCGUGCUGACCCUCGGCACCAGAGGCGACCUCACCAUCACCCACGAUGGAGCCGAUCCCAUCCAAGUCUACAACGGCUCAUCCCAAACCACUACAACUAACAUAACCGCCACACUAACGGAUACAGGCAAUUUCAUACUUCUCUCAAAUGGUACUCAAGUGUUAUGGCAGAGCUACGGUCAUCCCACCGACACCCUUCUCUCAGGAAUGAAACUAUCAGCAAACACCACGAUCUCUUCAUGGCUCACGCCGUCCAAUCCUAUGCCCGGCCCUUUCACUCUGGAGUGGGAUCCGAGUCAAGGCGAGCUGGUCAUCAGACGGCGAGGGAUGGCCUACUGGAGGAGCGGACGCCUCGUGGACUAUCAUGACGACACUUUGGGGAAUGUCAAGAAUUUUGAGAAUUUCUAUAUCAGCCCUGAUCCUGACAACUUCAACUACAACUUAACAAGCGAUGGAGACAACUUCAUGUAUACGGUGAUCCAAGUUGAAGGGCGGACGAUGGACAGCCGGAAGGUUACUUCAGGGUGGCGUCUGGACGAGGCGGGGAACAUAACGACCAUCGAUGACAGGGGUAUCACCCUGGUUGCGGCCAGCGUUUGCUACGGUUACAACUCUGGUGAUGAUUUAUUAGACAAUGGGUGUGAGUUGUGGGAGCAGCCAAUGUGCUUGCAACAGCAUCAGGUGGUUGAUCUGAGGUCGGGAUACUUUACGCAUGCCAACACGACACCAGUGGAACGAACAUCCGACAGCAACGCAAGCCUUAGCCUGAGUGACUGCCGGGAUGCCUGUUGGAAAUGGAGUGAUUGUGAAUGCGCGGGCUAUACGAAUUAUAUAGGACGAGACUCUGGGUGCAGCUAUUGGAUUGGCAGAGAUUUGGAGUGGAUCCAGGAUAAUGCAGGUUCCGAUGAGAAGAUAUAUGUUCUUCAAUCUCCACCGAACGCAAAAGCGAAAUCGUAUAUAGGAAUAAUCCUGGGUGUAGUAAGUGGAGUUCUACUGCUUCUGUUGGCAGUUGUUGUUUUGAUCAUGCGAAAUCGGAAGGUGAAAAGGGAGGAAGAAUUACAUGAACUCCUGACAUUGGAGGGAUACACAGGAAGUUACGAGCUCGAUAACAAUGGUCACCAACUUAAGCUUUUCACUUACUCAUCCAUCAUCUCAGCCACAAACAACUUCUCCUCAAACAACAAACUGGGAGAGGGUGGCUUUGGCCCUGUUUAUAAGGGUAGAACAGGAGAAGGCCAAGACAUAGCAGUGAAGCUUCUUUCACGAAACUCGGGACAAGGCUUGCUUGAGUUCAAAAAUGAGCUCAUACUCAUCUCUGAGCUCCAGCAUGUCAACCUUGUUAAGCUUAUAGGAUUUUGCAUCCACAAAGAUGACAAAAUGAUUAUAUAUGACUACAUGCCUAACAAAAGUCUUGAUUGCUUUCUCUUCAGUCCAUCCGGGAGGGAGCAGUUAGAUUGGGGGAAACGGUUUAACAUCAUCGAGGGGACUGCUCAAGGUCUUGUUUAUCUUCAUAAGCACUCUCGCCUCAAAAUCAUCCAUCGUGACAUGAAACCAAACAACAUACUACUUGAUCACAACAUGACUCCCAAGAUCUCUGAUUUCGGCCUUGCAAGAAUCUUCAAAGAGGAUGUUAAUGAAGUGAACACAAACAGACGCGUUGGGACUUACGGUUACAUGGCCCCUGAGUAUGCAAUGCAAGGCCUAUUCUCAGUCAAAUCAGACGUGUAUAGCUAUGGAGUUUUAGUGCUAGAGAUUGUGAGUGGUAGGAGAAACGGAAGCUUCCACGAGAUUGAAGGCCCUUUGAGCAUUGUUGAAUACGCGUGGGAGCUGUGGAGAAAAGAUAGUGCACUCGAACUCAUGGAUCCAAUGCUCAGGGAGUCAUGUGCGUUAGAGCAGCUGCAGAAAUGCAUUCACAUUGGGCUUCUGUGUGUUGAAAAUCAUGCAGUGGAUCGACCAAACAUUGAAGAUGUUUUAUUCAUGCUCAAAAAUGAGACAGCAACUCUGCCAAUGCCCAAAAAUCCAUCAUUCAUCACAAGAAAUAGUGUGUUCCAACAAGUUGACAAAGCUACGCCACAGCAGUCAUCAGAAAAUCAAGUCACACUUUCUCAGAUACAAGGAAGAUAGAACAUAGAAUAUUGUUCACUUUUUUAUGUUCUUGAGUCUUGUUAUUUUUCCAGAUAUUAUUAUUCUUUUCCCCCUAAACUAUCUAUUGAACUCAAAAAAACAUUCAUUUACUAUGAUUAUGUACCAUAUAAUACGCACAUUGUACGAUUUUGAUGGGUUAAUUGAAUUCAUAAUCCCUAAUUUCGUCAA